AUGAAGGGUGCUACUUCUUUCGUCUUUGCGACGCUUCUGGCUGCCACCCAGGCCACUUCCGGGUACUGGGGCUCCGAGAAAUGCUACUCCAGCCCAGGCCGUUCCCCCAACCAGUGUAACGAGCAUCAGCAGAACGGCUUCGACUGGUCGGGCCUGGCUGAUGGAUCGUUCUCGCAAUAUGGUGGCUUCGACUUCUCUGGCUUUUCUUGCAGCAAUAGCUUUGGUGGAGCUGGUCUCGCCAAGCGUGGUGAAAAAUGCAUUACCGGUACUGCCUCCAAGGGUAGCGGAUCUAGCAGCAGCUCCAGCAGCGGCUCUCUAGGUGGCUCUUACGGUAGCUCUUACGGUAGCUCUUACGGUAGCAGCUCCAGCAGUUCGAGUGGUGGUAGCUCGUCUGGCCCAUCGUUCUCUUGCGGUUCCGGCUCCGGCUCCAGCUCCAGCUCCGAUGAGAAUGCCUUCUCCGUCACUCAUUUCCACAUCUCCACCUCCGAAGAGACCGACUUGCACAUCAUCUACGGAAUGCCGGACGGCUCUUCCUGCCGCAACACUGCUUCUUGCUCGUCUUCUGGAACCACCAUCGAGAACGACCAAUGUGGUGGCGCAACUUCAGUCUCUUUCGAACUGCCUGACGACAGUGAGCACGAUAGCUGUGAUUUCGGCAUCUACACAAUUGGCUUCGAUUGUACCCCCGGUAACACCGCGACAACUUUGCCUACUGGCCCUGCCACUACUCCCGCGGCAUCUGUUCCUGGCAUCUCGUCUCCUACGGCCUCCGUCCCGAGUGGAAGCACUGUGGUGUCAAUCCCUGGAAAGCCUGGCCUCUCGGUUCCUGCCAGCUCUCCUGUGUCGGUUCCCACGGGCUCUGUUCCCUCUUCGGCAGCUGGUGUCUCUACUCCUGUUGUGGUUGGUACUACUACUCCCGCUGCUGGCACACCGGGCAAGUUCACCACAUCGACCGUCUACACUACUAGCGAGAUCACCAUUACUAGCUGUGCUGCUACGGUGACUGACUGCCCUGCCGACUCUACUACUGUCGUGACCUCCACGAUCCCAGCUUACACCACCGUCUGCCCCGUCACUGAGACCACCGGUGCUGGAACUCCUCCGACCGAGUCCUCUCCCGCCGAUACUCCUCCAGCUGCUACCUCGCCUGCCGAGUCAACCCCAGCUGUCCCCAGCGGAAGCUCGCCGGUCACCCAACCUGCACCCCCUGCCGGUACUUCAACUCCCUCUUCUCCUGCUGGCGGCUCUUCAGUUCCUCCUGAUUCGACUGUCACCGUCAUCACAUACACCACUGUUACCACCUGCCCUGUGACUAGCACGAUCUCUACUGCCGGUUCAUCUAUUGUCAGCACUGGCACCACCGUCUCUACAGUCACUCUGACUUCCACCUCUACUAUCUGUACCAAGUGCACCGGUGCGACAACCGCCCCCGGCUUGCCCCAGAGCACCCCUCUUGUUCCCGGUUCUACUGAGACUGCUCCGGCCGGUAGUGAAACCACCCCAGCUGUCACUGUUGUCACUUCGGCUACUCCCGGCCCCUCUAGUGUUGAUGCUGGCUCAACCCCUGGCGUGCCUGAAGACUCCACAACUACGGUCGUGACUUAUACUACAGUUACUACUUGCCCGGUGACUAGCACCAUCACUACUGGAGGAUCCUCUGUCGUGACCACUGGCACUACCGUCUCUACAGUGACUCUGACCUCGACCUCGACCAUUUGCACCAAGUGCACUGGAUCCACCACAGUCCCUACUGUUCCCGGUGCUACUGAGACCGAUACUGAGACCGCUCCAGCUGUCACUGCUGUUACAUCCGAGACACCUGGUCCUUCCAGCGUUGACGCCGGCUCUACUCCUGCUGUUCCCGAGGACUCUACGACCACCGUGGUGACCUACACUACUGUCACGACCUGCCCCGUCACCAGCACGAUCACCACCGGUGGCUCCUCCGUUGUUUCUACCGGUAGCACCGUGUCCACGGUGACUUUGACCUCCACCUCCACCGUCUGCACCAAGUGUUCUGCCAGUGCUACUGCUGGAGAGACUGGCUCUGCUCCUUCUGGAAGCUCCCCCGUCUCUGGCUCGACUCCAGCUCCUUCUUCUCCUUGCCCCAACACUGUACCCCAGUGUAUCAACACCUGGCUCACUCUGGCUCCCAAAUGUACUUCCAACAGUGAUGCUUCUUGCUUCUGCCCCAAGAAGGAAUUCACCAACAAGGUUAUCUCUUGUAUCCAGGCCUGGGGAGGAUCCAAGGCGGAGAUUUCCUCUGCUCUGUCCUACUUCACCGGUAUUUGCGCUCAGUGGGUUGACAAGAACCCUGGUAUUGUGACCGCCAUUCCCUCAACAAUCACCUUGGCUCCUCAUGUUUCAGCCCCUGCUGCUACCGCUACCAGCGGCGCUGACGCUAUUGGGGGCACUGCGGCCUCGAGCGCGGUUACCUCUGCUCCUUCGCUCCCUUGCACAACCAUCACCUACGGCACUCACACUGUUACCGUCCCUCAAGUGACCUUCAUCACCAACACUAAUACCGUUGCUGGAGCCACUCAGACCGUCGGCCUUGUGCCGGCCGGUCCUAGCGGUGCUUCUCCCGUUAACACUGGAAAGGUUCCCGCCCCUGCUGCUGCUUCAUCCACCUUGAGCAGUGCCUUCAAACAGCCCACUGCCAGCGCAGUCCCCUCUGCCAGUUCUACUCCAGUCUUCAACUCGGCUACAAGCAUCUCGAUCGCCUCUAGUCUCCUGAUGGGAUCCCUCGCUGCUUUCCUGGGCCUCCUCCUCUAG